CCUUAACCCAGUAAGCGCGCGCGGUGCCGGACAGCCAUGGGAGCAGUAAGAGCGCUUCAUAGCUCCGGACAGCAGAUGAUGCGGUGGAUAUAAGCGGCCUCCAUGAGUGCUAUGAGCGACUCUCUGGAUGAGCUAGACACUCCAGUCAGCCUCAGCGAGAAAGCAGCCAUAUUUCGGGAAGGCAAGGGGAAUGUGAGUGUGCUCGGCAGCGGCCCUGCCCUCAUACCGCUGCGCUCGCCCUUCCAGCCACCCGGUGCCCUGCACAACAGGACUACUGCUGCUGCUGCCACUCUCUUCAGAGGGAAUAGGAAAUGCAGAGAGGGAGAGGAGAUGCAGAUGAGUCUGGUCCCAAAUGCCUUCCCAGACCUCUUCUCCUCCGAGUGUUUGUUACCGUGGACCAAAAACAGCGCAACUCAGGUGAUCAAAGUGUACACAGAGGACAACAGCAGUCGAGCUGUGGAGGUCCCAAGUGACAUCAUUGCCCGAGAUAUCUGCCAGCUGUUCGUGCUGAAGAACCACUGCAUCGAUGACCACAGCUGGACAUUGUUUGAACACCUUGCUCAUCUGGGCAUCGAGAGAACCAUAGAAGACCACGAAUCAGUCCUGGAGGUGCAGUCUAACUGGGGCAUGGACUCAGACAGUCGCUUGUAUUUCAGGAAGAAUUAUGCCAAAUAUGAAUUCUUCAAGAAACCUCUGGAUUUUUUCCCAGAGAGCAUGGUGUCUAUAUCAAGUGAAACCAACGGCCUCAUGAACCACUCAGAACUUAUCCAGACAUUUCUUAACUCUAGCACGUGUCCAGAGAUUCAUGGCUUCCUCCACUCAAAAGAGCAAGGCAGGAAAUCGUGGAAGAAGUUCUACUUUGUGUUGAGAAGGUCUGGGCUGUACUUUUCCAAUAAGGGCACAUCAAAGGAGCCCAGGCAUCUUCAGUUUGUUGCAGAGUUUUGCGACAGUGAUGUCUACACUUUGUUAUCGGCCAGAAAAACACAUGGAGCUCCUGCAGACUACGGAUUCUGUGUGAAACCAAGUAAAUCAAGUUCAGCACGGGACCUCAAACUGCUUUGUGCUGAUGAUGAACAGACCAGAACCUGCUGGAUCACAGCCAUGCGCCUCUUCAAGUUUGGAAUGCAGCUCUACCAAAACUUCAUUCAGCCUCAUCAGAAGCAGAAAAACUCUCCAAUGAGAAGCAUCUCGGAGAACUCUCUUGUGGCCAUGGAUUUCUCAGGGCACAGGAGUCGUGUGAUUGAGAACCCAUCAGAGGCUUUGUCAGUGGCUGUGGAGGAGGGACUGUCAUGGAGGAGGAAGAGCUGCCAUCGACUGAGCCAUGGAAGCUGUUCCCCAUCCCAAAGCUCCCUCUCCAACAUAGCCAUUCAUAUGGCUCAACCAUGGUUCCACAGCAAGCUGUCUCGGGAUGAGGCUCACAAGCUGAUCACCCAGCAUGGUCUCAUUGAUGGGGUUUUUCUCUUAAGGGACAGCCAAAGCAACCCCAAGACAUUUGUUUUGUCCCUGUGUCACACACAGAGAAUCAGACACUUUCAGAUUGUACCUGUGGAGGAUGACGGUGAGCUGUUCUACAGUCUGGAUGAUGGAAACACACGCUUCAGUGAUCUACUGCAGCUGGUGGAGUUCUACCAGCUGAAUCGAGGCGUGUUGCCCUGCAAGCUCAAACACCACUGUGCCCGAACCACUCUGUGAGCCCAUCCCCAAAACCUGCCCUGUGCUCCCCUGACCCCACCUGUCCCGUGGGCCCCCUGUUCCAUCUCCCACAAUGCUGUGAUAUCAUCCAUUUUCUGACCCCAGCUGCUCUAUUAGUACUGAAUUACUCCAACACCAUGUCACCCUCACUCUGUUUCAAGCCCAACUGCUCUGUCCCCAGUCACCCUUCUAACCCCUGCCCAAAAUCUCUCUGCGCACCCCGCUAUUCGCCUCUGACCCUCUGCGCACUGUCACGUAACCACACACAGGGAAACUCUGGACAAAUCGCCAGUGCAGUUCGUGCCUUGGACAGGAAACUUGGAGGGAAGCCAGCCAGCCUAAACCACUGACUCCCCUUGCCCGGUUUCACUGUUCACCCCCCUACCUAUUGGUAUUAGGGUCACAUUCAGUACACUGGGGUGCUUAGAGAUCAAACAGACUUUAGUAGAGAGGUAGAAAGGAGUUGUUAAAUGCUGUCAACUGGAUUCAUUGACAGUGUUCCUCAUUGAGAAUGUGUUUUACUAUAAGGGAGGAUUGAUGUAUUUUGAGAUGAAGGGUUUGGUUGAUGUAUUGUGCUGAAAUUUUAGACUUUGCAGCUCUAAUGGCCUGAAUUCAAAACUCUCUCUGAGGAUGGGAGGGAGCUACAGUAGCAAACUGUCAAUCAAAGCUAAGUUCUAAUGGCAGACAACCUGUGUCCAUAUCAUAUGAACAGAAUUGACAGACAUGGUACAGCCAUAAUCACACAUGCACAAUAAGCUGAACCUGUUGGUUUUGCCAGCAGAGGGAGGGGUUUCGAAGGAUAUGGACACUUUCUCCCUCUGAGCGUUUGGGUAAAUAUUUUCUUUUUCUCCUUUUGUUUCUUUUAAUCAUGUAACAAAAUAUUCAGGUAUUUUAUAAAAAAAAAUGUGAUAUGUAUAGUUUGUUUGAGAGGUGUGUGGCUAGCUGAAGAGACUCUUAGCUCUGUGCAUGUAGGCCACAUUCUGUCCAACUGCGAAGCAUGAACAAGCAGCCAUGGAUGCACAUGCAGACGUAAACACUCUCCCCUUCUGUCUCUUCUCUACCAGAAUGUGGAAUGUAUCAAUACACCCACCAAUACAAACAUUCACACCCACCACCUAGAAUGAUGCUGGAUCACACUGUAAGUGGUUUACAUUCAAGCUUGGACAAAAUGUGAGACAGAAAAAUCACUUGUCAUUAAUAACUGAACAUUUCAGAAUUGUUGUAUAUUUAAAUUAAUAUUUUAUAGAUACUUGUCAAUAUUCAGGUUAACAAUGUUCCACACCUGAUCUGGUAAAUGUUUUAUAGAAAAGUGAAAAACACAACUACAGCUAUGGUCUGAACAUGUGCUGUUUCUUCAGGUCGUGUCAUUUCACCCUCCUUGACCCUGCCCUUAAGAAAAUAUAAGCUGAUAGGAUGACUAACAUGUACUGUAAAAAAACACAAACCUAAAGAGCAAUGUACUUGAUGAAAAAAUUAACUAAGGUAUUUUAAUACUGUUAAAAAAAGAUAAAUGCAUUUUGAGUUUAAAGCCAGGAAAACCUUUCUUUUCUUUUUCUUUCUUUUUAAUGAAAAGAGAACAGUAUAUAUCAUAGACUGCAAUGUCUUUUUGUAGAGAAGCUAAUUUUCUGUCUGUGUGUACUGCUUGAGUCCUGUUUUGUAAUCUUUAGUAUGCAGAAUGAACUGUAAAAUUAAUCCAAAAUUGUUUUAUAUCCAUGGAUAAAAAAAUGCAUUUUGAAAGGUUUUAUUUGCCAUGGUUAUUGCACUGUAGUCAAAACACUGGUAAACUUUUAAUUUCCAUUGCCGAGGGAUAUCUGUGACUGUUAAAGACUUUUGAUAAUGUGUAGAUUUAUUACUGCUGCAAUAUUCCUGUGCUUCUGCUCAAAAAUGCUCUGCUCUUUUGAUACAAACUCCAACAGUGUAGUGUAUGUGAAAUGACACUGUUUAUAUAUGUCUCCUAUAAAACUGGCUUUGUUCA